AUGGCGGCUAUAUCGGACGCUUUUUUGAAUAUUCCCUACAAGUACUGGAGUCUGGUGACUCUAGUCGUCCAGAACAGCACACUAGUAAUAGUCAUGCGGUACUCACGUCUCGUACCAAAGGAAGAACUAUAUUCUACUGCGACUGCAGUCUUCAUGGCCGAGCUUAUCAAGUUGGCACUAUCUCUGUGGUUCGCAAUCAGAACCCAAAUAGCAGAAAAGAACAAAUUUUCUGCAUAUGAUCUUUACAGCGAUGUAUUCGCUGCAGACGCAUGGAAGUUGAUGAUUCCGGCUGCAUUGUACACUGUACAAAAUAACUUGCAAUAUAUCGCCGUCUCGUUCUUGGAUGCUGCAACGUUUCAAGUCACUUAUCAAUUAAAAAUCUUAACCACGGCUUUGUUUUCCGUGCUGAUGCUCAAACGGACGCUAAGCGGCAUGAAAUGGAUAUCGCUAGUAAUUCUCACUAUUGGAGUGGCUUUGGUGUCCUUGCCGAACGAUUAUGAUAAGACAAAAAUCUCUAGUAAAGAUAACGGGCUAGAACAGUUUGUUGGUCUGGGUGCGGUUUCGGUUGCUUGUGUGUUGUCGGGUAUUGCUGGAGUAUAUUUCGAGAAAGUUUUGAAAGAAAAGAAGGAAAAGAAACCAUCCGUCUGGGUUCGAAACAUUCAAUUAUCAUUCUUCUCGCUGUUCCCUGCAUUGGUUUUGGGUGUUUGGUGGAAAGACGGCAAUCUAGUUAGUGAACGCGGAUUCUUUUAUGGCUAUAGUCCGGUUGUAUGGAGUGUUAUCUUGUGUCAGGCUAUCGGUGGGCUUAUUGUAGCAAUGGUCGUUAAAUAUGCUGACAAUAUUCUCAAGGGAUUUGCAACAUCAAUUUCUAUUAUUCUUUCCUUCAUCGCUUCGGUUAUUCUCUUUGCAUUCCCUGUUACAUUAAUAUUUCUUGCCGGUUGCGUUUUGGUCUUGGUUGCUACAUAUAUGUACAGUCAGCCUGAUGUACCCAAAGAAUAUUCGAGUCUUGCUGGCCAAGUGCAGAUGGAGGCAUUCAAGGAGGACGAGUCUGGUCCGAAAGGCGAAAUGCGGCAAUCAUGA